AGGAGCUGGUGCUGGAUAAUUGCCGUUCUGACGAUGGGAAGAUCGUCGGCCUUUCCUCCGACUUCGAGAACCUGGAGUUCCUUAGCAUGAUCAACAUCAACCUGCUGUCGGUCUCCAACCUCCCCAAGCUCAACAAACUUCGCAAGCUGGAGCUGAGUGAUAACCGGAUCUCCGGAGGCCUGGAAGUGCUAGCAGAGAGGACCCCUAAUCUGACGCACUUGAACUUGAGCGGCAACAAGAUCAAGGACAUCAACACCCUGGAGCCACUGAAAAAAUUGCCGAACCUGCGUAGCCUGGACCUCUUCAACUGCGAAGUGACAAUGCUGAUCAACUAUCGGGAGAGCGUGUUUGCCCUUCUGCCCCAGCUCACCUACUUGGAUGGGUUUGAUGUGGAUGACCAGGAGGCCCCUGACUCGGACCCUGAAGCAGAUGGUGACGGGCUGGAUGAUGAGUAUGAGGAGAACGGCGAUGAAGGUGAGGAAGAUGACGACGAGGAGGAAGAUGAAUUGGAUGAAGAAGUGAUUGAUGAUGAAGAGGAGGAUGACGAUGACUUGGAUGCUGAAGAGGAGGAGGAUGGUGUAGACGAUGAGGAGGAAGAGGAUGAUGAGGAUGGGGAGGAUGAAGAGGAGGAUGAAGGUGAUGAGGAGCUUCCGCAGGGAGAGAAGAGAAAACGAGAGCUAGAGGAUGAGGGAGAGGAAGAUCUGGAAGAUGAAGACGACGAGGAGGACGACUGAUAAUCCUAGCGAGCCAAUCAGUUUUACGGACUAUGACUGUGUGCUUGUCCUAACCUCCCUGUUGUAUCCACGUGAGACUGUAAAUCCCCGUCUCCCAGCCCCUCCCCUCUGUCUGACUGCAGCAUCCACAAUAUAUUUUUUUAAGACGUAGAAUACCCUAGGCAUUCAGGGGAAUCCUUCCAUACAAGCUCACUUUCUCACAAACAUCUCACGACCAAAGGCUUCCUCCGUUCUGUGGUUUGUGCUGCAUUUUGCAAAAGAACAAAACAAAAUCCUCCUAGAGCAUCUUUUUGUCUGAAAUUGGCCUCACCACCUGGGACCCAGAGCUCCAGCAGCCCCUCUCCACCCCACGUCCCCACAAGGAGAUGCAAGUUGCCCCCCCCCCCAAUGCACACACUCCAAAGGAGAUGCCAGCCUCCCAAAGCAGUGCGUGCAAUCUGCUUAUCCAGACGGACUCUGAAAGCAAAGCCACCUGAGGUAUUGUCCCAUCAGGAACAGCAAUGGUGGUGGGACCUCUGGAGAUGCUGGAAGAUUGUCAGCGCUGUGGGGUGCAAGGCGCUUGGGUCUCUAGGAGGAACAGGCUCCUUGCUGGGUCUCAUACCUUGGAGGCUGCACCUUGCAGCAGUCCUGCCACUUGCUUUCUCUGCUUCCUAGUUUGUUUUAUAAACUGGAAUUUUGUGACCUGUUAGCCACAUCAUAACUUGUGGCUGUCAGCAAAGUAGUUCUGCCUGGCUGCUGUGAAGGUCUUGCUGUGGUGAGGCUUCCCUAUCCCCAGCCCAACCUAUACAUCUAGGAAGGGGCAGAAAGCAGCUGGCCAGGGGAUGCUGCAUUACCACCACCACACUCCAUUUUUCACUCCGCCAUUAUCACUGUGACACCUAACUCGGUGAUCUCUGCAGACCGUGUUAGCCUAAAUAUUCUCAGGGUCCUUCUGCUAGCCAGUAACAGCUCUUGAUGAUAGGCUCAGUUGCUAGCCUGGCGUAUGCAUCCCCCCCUCUUUCCUUUCCAGAGUGCAGAGAAGUGCAUUGGGAACUCCAGCUGUUCCCCGUCUCCACUGUUUCAUGCACUACUAGACCUCGGGCUAUGCUGCAACAUUUUCACCAGGUGCCUCCUCCCUCUCCCCUGCUCAGAGCAGUAGAACCGAUGCCUCUCCAGUCAGUAUUUUGGGGUCCUUUUUAUGUAUUUUUUUUUUUUUAAUUAUUAUUUUAGAGCAAGGAGUGGGUGGGACCUAACCAGAUGGAGCUACCCAGCAUGGCAUUUCUGACUCCUUGGUUUCCAUUCCUCCUCGUCGGGGUGUUCGUUUGCUACUGGACUCUGUCCUAGUCUUGUGGCAUCAUGGCACUGCAGUCGUUGGCUUAUUUGGUGCCCAGUGAUAUCUGCUCAGACAGGUUAGUGAUAGGGGAGUUGGGUCAUCCUGAAGGCAGAUGCAUUGGCACUUAGCAGGGUGCUUGGCCGCUAUGGGCAAAUACCUAUCGGUGCCCUGCAGCUGACUGCAGCUUGUCGCCCCUUCCUGAGGCAGUUCUCGUGGAGGAGUUGAAUACCACAGCCCCCGUAGAUCUCUGCUCUGUCGCCUGGUGUGGCUUUGCCCUUGUCUCUUGCAUUGUACAGUAGCUAUAACCAUUCAAAGAGAAACUCCUCCUGUAAAAUGCAAACUGAAUAACUUAUAAAUGUUAAUGGAUUUUUUUCGUUAAAUGAAAUCAGAGCAGCAGUUGGUAUUUUUUAAUUUCCCUACUUUUUUUUUUUUUUUUUUUUUUUUUUUAAAGCAAAUCGUAAGGAUUUUAUAUUAGCCUAAUCGCCAUCAGGUUUUGAUUGGUCAGAAUAGCCCCAGAAAUGAGACUCUCCAGCCUUCUUUUUGUAAAAUUUUUUUUUUUUUUUUGGGUUACAAAAUUUGGAGAAAAAGUUUUAAUAAAGAUGUCGGUUUUUACAAA